AUCGUGUUCGUGAAUGAAGGGCAAGCAUCGCUCGUACGUGGCAGCCUUGGCUUACAAUCAGCUCUCCCUCGCCAUUCGCACACCCGUGACCUUUCGUGACCUAGUCAGAGUGAAGCGUGCAGCGAAGUCGACUCGACCUGACCUCGACGUGGCGGAUACGUGAAGCAACGACUGCCCGCCGGUACAAGCUUCAGACUACACGCGGCAUGUCCACCCCGAGAAUAGCCAACUCGCUUCGCCUCGGCGCUGCCCAGGGCAGGCACACCAUUGGCUUCACACUCUUAUAUCGACGCGUGAGCAAUCCGACGUAUCGAUCGGGGAGCGGACGAGAAUGUUGGCAGUCGACUUUGUCUGCAGCGACGCUGACGGCGCACGCUCGCCGGCCAACGUCGAUCUUGCAGUACGGCAGCGCUCGAGCUGAUCAGCAACCCACGCCGCAAGCUCAGCGACGGACUUUCCUCUCAUGGCUUCGACGCAGGACGUCACGAGAGGAGGAGGAUCCAUUCAAGCAAGGACGCUCAAAGCAGCCAAUCUUGUCUCAAGACGAGCUGUUUCACCCUCUGUCCAAAUCGCCCAUCCCUGCCAUGCGAGCGAGAGGAGAGAGGGUGCGAAGCCAAGCUCCUUGUCCCUACUCUUUGACCAAAGGUCAGAGGAAACUCGUAGCGUACGAAUGCCCCGUCUCUGGCUGGCCUACGCAUGCAGGGAGAGGGGAGUGGGAGCUGGACACGGAGAAGGGCAAAUACAUGGCUAGGCUGCGAGAGGCCAAUGAGGACGAGCACGAUCUCAGGAGCGGCAGGGAUAUUGCAGAGUUCAAGCUGCCCGCCCACCAGGGCUUUGAGGAAGUCAUCAAUUUCAGCUCCUGGGACGUCUACUUUUACACUCGUAAUCACAACUCCAUAGAGACGGACAGGCCGAGGAGGCACGUUACCAGGUUGUUGACCUUUCCGACCACGAUUGCUGGAGCUUUGCACGAGAACAGUCCAUACACCAGGAGAUCGAUGCGGCUGACUCACGAAGGUUUGCGAAGCAUGGUUGCCUUGAGACAGACCUUGCACCCCAAGCUUGGCGAGAAGCCCACGCUGGACGUCGUUCGCCUCAUCGUUGUCGGAGCUCGAGCAGAGUCUACGCUGCCACCUCAAGUCUGGGAUCAGCUGCAAUACAUAUUCCCAGGCGUCGCUUUUCACGUCUUUCUCAUCGGCCCAGAAGCUGUCCCCAAUCAGCAAAAGGACAGCGCAUACGUGACGGGACCUUCUCAACAGCCUCGCAAGAGCCGCUACGGUGUGCCUAGCAGUACGGUGGUCGUCUCAAGAGGACUGACUAUCACGACGUUGCAAGCUCCUUACGAAGAUGUGCACGCUCAAUUGGAACCUUUCGACCCAUACACCGACGUCUUUUUCGCCUUCUCGCCAGGCUUUGGUUUUCCGUCUCAGCUAGCUGUGCAAGAGGCAUUAAGAGCAAAGGCGGAAGAGAGGGAGGACGAGAAGAAGAUGAAGGCCGCCAGGGAGACUUAUUACGCCAAGAGUGCGCAGGAAGAAGAGAGCAGGGGAGAGACGCGAUCUGGGAGCAGAUCGAUGCCUUUCCGAGCCGCGGAAGGUACACCUGCGCCCGAGGGCGGAGAAAUUCCUUCCGCUGAACCCGCCCCAGCUAUGCCAGGCGCAGCCGAUCCUGGCCUCACAUCAGUCGUGAGCGCGCCGGUCGUGCAGGCACAAGCGGAGUGGGCUAGAGCCAUUGGCAACAUCCUGAGCACCAAGUGCGCCCUCAUUGCCACGGGCUUCAGCCCUGCAGACAUCGAGAGGGACGUCCUCGCUUUCGAAAGCAUUGAAGGUGUGAUGGGAGAGUUCGAGUGGCUGAUCACUCCCGGGGAGAACACCUUUGCAAGUCAACAAUGGGUCAUCGCGGACUUCGACCCCCGCGUCGCUGUAAAGGCUAAUUGGGGCAUCUGGGCAGUGCGUGGAAAGACCUACAAUAUCAACCCGCGACGUGCGAGCUUCAUGGACCGCUUAGAGGAAAGCGCAGCAGAAAAUUGAGCUCCGUAUUCCACUGUUCGUUUCGUCGUAAUUGCGGGUCUCGCAGCUAAUGAGACACUUGCGCGCAAUGAGAAGCAGAUGCGUCUGUGGCUAUUGAGAGGGGAAACAUUUCGUGCGCCUUCGUUGAGUCCGACGGCCGUAGAGAGGGAUGGUG